AACAACAAAUGGCUAUAAAAAAUAAGAAAACACACACACACACACACACUCUCUCUCUCUCUCUCUCAUUGGGAGCGGCUUCCCAACACUUUCCUGACUACUGUCGUUUAGCUCCCACCUUUUCCACCUUUCUUCCUCAUCACCCACUUUACUCUUCCAAAUUUGCAACCUUCACUAAAUUUCCUCACAAAUUUCUCAGCCUCUCGGUCAUCUCUGGCUUGACUUACAACGAUCAUGUCUUCGCACGUCAAAGACGCUGCUGAUGGAGAUUUAGAGAAGGAGUUGGUUAGCCCUAAGCAAAGCCACAAUCCGUUGGCGGAGCCAUCGCCUGCGCCAUCGCCAUCCUCGUCUACAGCCCCGGCUCUUGUUCUAUCGAAUUCAGGGAAGCGGAUCGACCAAGCUGGGAGAAAGAAGUACGUGAAGCAGGUGACCGGCCGCCACAAUGAUACGGAGCUGCAUUUGGCAGCUCAAAGGGGCGAUCUUGCAGCUGUGAAGCAAAUACUUGAAGAUAUUAAUUCUCAAAUGGUGGGGAGUUUGAGUGGUUCGGAAUUUGACCAGGAGGUUGCGGAGAUCAGGGCAUCACUCGUGAGCGAGGGCAACGAGUUGGGAGAGACGGCGUUGUUUACUGCAGCGGAGAAAGGGCAUCUUGAUGUGGUUAAAGAGCUGAUCAAAUAUGCAAACAAGGACACACUCGCGAAGAAGAAUAGGUCAUUGUUCGAUCCUCUGCAUAUAGCUGCAAGUCAAGGACACCAUGCAAUUGUGCAAGUGCUGUUGGAUCAUGACCCGGGGCUGAGUAAAACAAUUGGUCCGUCAAAUGCAACUCCUCUUAUAACUGCGGCUACUAGAGGCCAUGGUGCUGUAGUCGAUGAACUCCUGUCGAAGGACUGCAGCUUGCUAGAAAUUGCUAGAUCAAAUGGAAAGAAUGCGUUGCACUUGGCUGCUAGGCAAGGGCAUGCGGACAUUGUCAAGGCGUUGCUUGACAAAGAUCCACAGUUAGCUAGGAGGCCGGACAAGAAGGGGCAGACGGCACUGCAUAUGGCCGUCAAAGGGGUUAACGUGGAGGUUGUUAAACACCUCCUAGAUGCUGAUGCAGCUAUAGUUAUGCUUCCAGACAAGUUUGGUAACACUGCUUUACACAUAGCAACGAGGAAAAAGCGAGCAAAGAUUGUUAAUUUGUUAUUACGCCUGCCCGACACAAACGUGAACGCACUCAACCGAGACGGAAAGACAUCUCUUGACAUUGCGGAGGAGCUUCCGCUAUCCGAAGAGUCAUCGGAGAUUAAGGAGUGCCUUUGUCAUUAUGGUGCCGUUAGAGCUAAUGAAUUGAAUCAACCAAGAGACGAGCUGCGGAAAACCGUGACUCAAAUCAAAAACGACGUCCACAUCCAGCUCGAACAGACAAAGAGAACGAACAAGAACGUCCACGGCAUCGCCAAAGAGCUGAGGAAACUCCACCGAGAAGGCAUCAACAACGCCACCAACUCGGUGACCGUCGUCGCCGUCCUCUUCGCAACCGUCGCCUUCGCGGCCAUCUUCACCGUGCCCGGCGGAGACGACAACCACGGAAUGGCUGUGGUAGUCAGUAGCGUCUCCUUCAAAAUAUUCUUCAUCUUCAACGCGAUCGCCCUCUUCACGUCCCUAGCCGUUGUCGUAGUUCAGAUUACGCUGGUUAGAGGGGAGACGAAAGCCGAGAGACGCGUGGUGGAGGUCAUCAACAAACUGAUGUGGUUGGCCUCCGUCUGCACCUCCGUGGCGUUCAUGGCUUCCUCUUACAUCGUGGUCGGGCGUAAGCAUCAGUGGGCUGCGAUACUAGUCACGUGUGUCGGAGGGGUCAUAAUGGCCGGGGUUCUCGGGACCAUGACUUACUACGUGGUGAGGUCGAAGAGGAUGAGGUCGAUGAGGAAGAGGGAGAAACACGCUCGGAGCGGCUCAAACUCAUGGCAUCACUCUGAGUUCUCUAAUUCUGACAUUGACAGGAUUUAUGCACUCUGAGGCGUCGAAUUCGCUUGCAGCACAGGAAUCACUUCAAACGACGGAGUUCAAGAACACGACUGCAGGAAUCGCGUCGUGUUCUUGAACAUCUUGUGGCUUUCCACUACAACUGCAAUCAUCCCUAAAUUUCUGGACAUAAGGUAUGUUUAACUUUUCUUAGUUGCUGAUGGUGCUAUGUAUGUAGUCUCGUCGGUUCGUUAGAGGGCUUCGUAGAAGCAAAGAAACGUCGUGGAAGCGCGAUUUCUUUGCCGAUUGCAUGACUGGUGGAGAUUCUGUAGAUCAGACACCAGGAAUUUUUAAGACGGGUUACUGAAAUUGCUAUCUCACAUGUCUGAAACUGAUUAGAUAUAUAAUUCUGUUACUGCUUUUGGGCAGAUGAAUUCAAUCUAAUGUAUCAAAAUUGCCUCUUAACAAGCCCAGAUUGUAAUUCUUGAGCC